GGAGGGGGGGUGUACGUGCUGACGCCUCCCGUUGUAUAUGAGCGCAGGCGGCGGGCUCUCUGCUCCUCUUCUUAUUUUGCCGCCAUCCUAGAGGGGCGCUCCUCCUCCCUCCUCCUCUUGUCUGUGACACUGCGCGGCGGCAGCGGACCUAUCUCUGUCACCCGGGUGUUAAAGUCUGAGAAGAAUGGCUAACAUAGACAAUAAAGAUCAGCCAGAGUUUGAUCAGCAAGAGAUGGAAGAUGUGGAAGAAGUUGAGGAGGAAGAAGAAACAGAAGAUGCGACCUGUAAAGCUAGGCAAUUGACUGCUCAAAUGAUGCAGAAUCCUCAGAUUCUAGCUGCUCUACAAGAAAGGCUAGAUGACCUAGUAGGUACCCCUACUGGAUACAUUGAAAGUUUACCUAAAAUAGUUAAAAGAAGAGUGAAUGCUCUUAAGAACCUCCAAGUGAAAUGUGCACAAAUUGAAGCAAAAUUUUAUGAAGAGGUCCAUGCGCUGGAGAGGAAGUAUGCCGAUCUAUAUCAGCCACUCUUUGACAAGAGAAGUGAAAUCAUAAAUGCUAUAUAUGAACCCACAGAAGAAGAGUGUGAAUGGAAAGUAGAUGAAGAGGAAGAAAUUUCAGAGGAUCUGAAAGAGAAGGCAAAGGUUGAAGAGGAAAAGAAAGAUGAAGAAAAGGAAGACCCUAAAGGAAUUCCAGAAUUUUGGUUAACUGUAUUUAAAAAUGUUGAUCUCCUUAGUGACAUGGUUCAGGAACAUGAUGAGCCAAUUCUCAAGCACUUAAAAGACAUAAAAGUAAAAUUUUCAGAUGCUGGUCAACCAAUGAGUUUCACUUUAGAAUUCCAUUUUGAGCCAAAUGAGUUCUUCACAAAUGAAGUUUUGACUAAGACUUACAAAAUGAGAUCGGAACCUGAUGAGUCUGAUCCAUUCUCUUUUGAUGGACCAGAAAUUAUGGGCUGUACAGGGUGCCAGAUUGACUGGAAAAAAAGCAAAAAUGUUACUCUAAAGACAAUAAAGAAAAAACAAAAACACAAGGGCCGAGGAACAGUAAGGACUGUCACAAAAACUGUUCCCAAUGACUCCUUCUUCAACUUCUUCAGUCCCCCUGAAGUACCAGAAAAUGGAGAGCUGGAUGAUGAUGCAGAAGCAAUUCUUACUGCAGAUUUUGAAAUAGGACACUUUCUACGUGAGCGUAUAAUUCCUCGAUCCGUUCUAUACUUUACUGGUGAAGCCAUUGAAGAUGACGAUGAUGAUUAUGACGAAGAAGGUGAAGAAGCAGAUGAUGAGGAAGGAGAAGAGGAGGCAGAUGAAGAAAAUGAUCCAGACUAUGAACCCAAGAAAGAUCAAAACCCAGCUGAGUGCAAGCAGCAAUGAAGUGGCAUAUACGUGGCCUUGAGGAUUACCUGCACUGUAAUAAGUUAAACUCUUAGUUACUUACAGCCUUAUGUUUUGUAUCUUGGUAGAAUAAAGUAAACAUUUUUGUUAAAAAAAUAUAUAUAAAAUUUAAACCUCUAAAAAUCUGUUUAAUGGUAAGAUCUUUGGACUUAGUAUUAAGUGUACUUUCCUGCCAAGUAUGUAAUAGGGUGCAGAAAUCCAUUUAAAGCAUGUUUUUCACUGCUUCAUAGUCUUGGUUCUUGUGAAGUCUUUGCCAUGUCUAUCUCAGCAGUUCUCAUUCAUCACAGCAGCUGUCAGACCAGUCUAAGAUAAAACUCCUAAGGAACCAAAGUAUUUUCUCAGCCCAGUAGUUUAAACAGGUGUAGGUAGCUUACAAUAGCUUUGCCUUCAUGACUUUGUUCUAGAAUUAGUUACUACCUUGGAAAUGGUACAUUAAAUAACUUAUCCUUGCAAUGAGUUUGCAACAACCAUGUCCAUUGAUCAUAUCUGCUUGUUAUGCUAUGGGUUUUUGUAUUUUAUGUGACUGUGAUCUACAAAGCAAUCUGAUGGUCAACAUAACAAGGUUAUUGUUUACCACUGGGGUGUGAAUAAAACCUAGUAUUUUCAGAAA